GCACUGCAGGGCUUGCUGGCUCCUGGGUGGGCUGUGGUCUGGGGAAUACAGAAGGCGUACGCCUAGGUCCCCGUGAACAUGUCCGACACACACACACUGUCACCGCGGCACCGCCAGCCCCGCGCCCUGGCCCGGCUCAGGCGGGUGUGAUCUUUGUGCCUGUGUUGGCUGGGCUACCCUUGUACACGAGAAGGCUUACCCACGAGAGGUUUGUGCGGCCUGUCAGAAGAGCAGAGGUGAUGCACCCACAAAUAUGGUCGGCCACACUGCGCCCAUACUUGAGUGCUGUGCGGCACACACUAUCAGCUGCAAUGUGUCUACAGAACUUCAAUUCGCAAGUAGUUGAAAGACACAAUAAACCAGAAGUUGAAGUUAGGUCAAGCAAAGAGUUGCUGAUGACUGCUGUGGUUGUGAGCAGAAAUGAAAAAGAAAAAGUCCUUAUUGAGCCUUCCAUUAACUCCAUCAGGAUAUCCAUCUCUAUUAAGCAGGCAGAUGAUAUUGAACGUAUUCUGUGCCAUAAAUUUAUGAGAUUUAUGAUGAUGAGAGCAGAAAACUUUAUUAUUCUUCGAAGGAAACCUGUUGAGGGUUAUGACAUCUCAUUCCUCAUCACCAACUUUCACACGGAGCAGAUGUUCAAGCACAAGCUUGUUGACUUUGUGAUUCACUUCAUGGAAGAGAUAGACAAGGAAAUCUCUGAGAUGAAGCUGGCUGUCAAUGCUCGUGCCAGAGAGUGCGCCAUGGAGUAUCUUAAAAGGUUUUAAGGUAAACGGAAGAAGAGUCCUGGCAGAUAUCUUUGGGCUGUGUGGUGGUCUUCUGACAAAACUACUCACCAUGCUGUCUUAAUGUGAAGUUUAGGAUUGCUGUUCCUCCUCAACUGAGCUGGAAACUUAACUUGUUAAUUUGUAAAGAGAUAUUUAGUUUUUUUUCUUGUAAUAUAUUCAGGAAAGCAAUAUUGAACCAAUAACAUCAUAACACUGUACAUAGUAGAACAAAAAGAGGUAUCAAUCUUCUUCCAUGAAGACUUUACUGAGCCAAAUGUUAAGAAAGCUAAAAGUUUGCUUUGACCUUAAAUAGUACAGGUAACACUCGAUUUACGCGAGUGUUGUGUCCUUGAAGAGGUCGCGUAAAUCAAAAACAAUGUAAAUCAAACAAGAGGUAGGUUUCUAUCGAGAAAUAAAUAUUCAUUCAGUGGAGAGAGAGAGAGAGAAUAUCCAUAUCACCAAGAUAUUCACUCAGGCACUCAAUCUCAGCCUCAUUCAUGUGAGGAAGCAAUGAGGGACACCAUGAGCGACUGGCUAGUAUUGGUACUGGUACCGAGCAGUCUGGUACCGGUACCAUACCGUAUAGAUGGUACCAUUAAUACCGGUACUGGUACCUGCGCACCCCUAUUGUUGAGUAGCGUGGCAGCGUGGGUACUGUAUUGUUGUUCAAGUGGAGCGCAGGAAGAACUGAGCUCAGCUGUGUGGCCGUGGCGCCGUGUGAGUCCAGUUGCAUUUGACAUCUGGUGGCCACUCCAUAAAAUAUCGCGUAUAAAUGAAAAAAACGUGUAUAUUAAACAUUUAUUUGGAUUUUGGACCCCACGUUAUUUAAAAAAUGCGUAAACCAAACUCGCGUAAAUCGAGUUACCUGUAAUACUUUAGUUUAACUUUGAAGUCAUUCCAGCAUUUUAAAGAAAAUACAAAUAUUUCCACCUAUUUUUACAAUCUUCUGUAGAUAUAAGAGAAUAUUGUUGAGUUCUUUGAUGUAAUUUAGGCAUAUUUAAUUCCUCUUAUUACAAGAUAUGUUCCUUUGCCACUUUAGAAGCGUAGGGCAUGGGAGUCAUUAAUUAAUAGACACAGAAUUGUACCCCAGAGUUUUAUACACUUCACAAAAGAAAGGUAUUUUGAUGGUUCCAGACUCCUCUUCUCCCAGAGUGCUGGUGUGAGUGAGUGCAGUAUGAAGCAUCUCUGCUUCUGUUACUUUGCUUUCUUCAUAUUGAAAGAAACAUAACUUUGUCAGUAUGAAACCAUGGGAGAAACUAGUAGUCACAGAACUGUACCCCACAGCUUUAAACACUUCACAAAGGGAAGGUAUUUUGUGGUUUCAGACUCCUUGCCUCCCAGAGUGAUGGUCUGAAAACUGAAUGAAUGCAGAUGUUGUCACUGCUUUUAUUUCAGUGAUUUCCUCAUGUGUUAACAAUUUUGAAGUGUAGGUGAGUAGUUACUAUCACAGCAUACAGUCAGUCAUCAUCAUCACUACAGCAAUCACUUCAUCCAUUUACUUUCAUUGGUUCUCAAUUUGCUGCUGACAGGCUUUGAAGUGUUGUUUGCAAUGUGGUUUAACUGGAUAGGUUUUGAAGCCAUAAUAAAUUGCUAAAAAGAAAAACUAUCAUAGUAGGAAAAAUAAUGGACUGAAAAUUUAAUUUGUUCAAUCAAGAGAAACCUAAUUAAUGUAUGGAAGGCUCUAGAAAGAUGCAUAAGUUAUUUUCAUUACAUUGUUCAGGGACUGAAUAAUAUCAAGUCUUAUCUUUGUGUUUCAGGUUAUUUUUCAAAUUUCAUUAUAUUUCACUUUUAUUUUGCUACUUUUGGUAGUGUUAACAUACAGGAUAGAAAAUAUAUCACCACCAGAAUGUCUCAGAUGUGAGUGGAGUUUUUCUAAAGGUAUCAAAUUUGUGAAAGCAGGACUCUUGAAGGUUUUGGAUGUUCAGUGUUUGGUGAGUGAGCAGCUCCAAUGAUUGUGGAUGUCUGACUUUUUAUUGAUCAAGUUACACAAGUAAAACUAUGAAAUCUAUAAUGAAUAUUCCUCUUUUAUACUGAUUAUAAGAUGUUAAAAUAGCUUUAAAGAUAUAUUCAGCUCAUCUCAAUGUAUCUGAAAAUAUACAGUUUGGAUUACC